AGAACACUAAUUCUAAAUUUUGACAAUGAAUUUAUUGUGAGAUAAGUACUAUUUGUUGAAUAUUGUUCUCAUGGUAUCUAUAUAACAAAUAAUAUCUUUGACAAUCUUUUUGUAGGUUUCAUAAUGAUAAUCUUUUCCUAUCAAUGUAGCAAUGUUGAAAAUUGAUAGGUCAUUCCUUCAAUAUUUUUCUGAAAUGAACAGCUUAUGAAUGUGGGGUUUGUAUCAAUGGCAAGAGCAGACGAGAAAGGAAGAGAAGUUUUAGCUGAGAAGGCAAGAGAACUGAUCAUGUAUCUUGAGAAAGAACUUGUCGGAAAAGAUUACUUCGGUGGCAAGACUGUCGGAUUCUUGGACUUUGUGGCAGGAAGUUUGAUUCCGUUUUGUUUGGAGAGAGGUUGGGAAGGGAUAGGAUUGGAAGUGAUUACCGAGGAGAAGUUUCCAGAAUUCAAGAAAUGGGUUAGGAAUUUGGAGAAGGUUGAGAUUGUAAAAGAUUGUGUUCCACCAAGAGAGAAACAUGUAGAACACAUGAACUAUAUGACAGAGAGAGUGAGAUCUUCUUAAUUAAUUAAGACAACAAAUCAUGCAAUGUUUGUAUGGUUUUGUUGUUGUUUAUUUUUAAUGAAUAAAGAUUUCUUAU